GAACGCUUGUUUCUUCCCUACCACUACCAGUGAUGUCUGCCAACGAUUAUUAUAACUCUGGAAAACCUCAAGGUCAAUAUUAUCCUCCUCCUCAAGGACAGCCUCAAGGCGGAUACUACCCACAACAACCUCAACAAGCGUACAACGGCGGAUACAAUAACCCUCAACCUGAAUACGGAGGACAGCAACAAGGGUAUCAGGGAGGGUAUCAGCCUCAACAACCACCUCAGACUGUCUAUGUCCAGCAACCACCCGCACAAAGUAGUGGCGGAGGUGGAGCCUGUACAGCUUGUUUAGCGGGUAUCUUAUGUUGCUGUUGUGCAGAAGAACUCUGUGACUGCAUCUUCUGAGCAUCAGACGACGAUCGUCAUGUCUCCGCCGCGCCACUGUUGGACAUUGGAUUGGAUGAUUUAGUUGGGUAUACCUUGAGACGAUAAUGUUGUCCAUUCACGACUGAUUGUGGGGAGAGUACGGCUAUCUGUUCUUGUUUCACAUUUUAACCUGGAUAUUCUCUCUUUCCUCGUAUUUAUGCACUGUAGUACUGUCUUCCACAACUCUUGUAGCAUUGCAGCAUAGGCGUUGUUGGUGAUUCGUCGAUAUUUUUAAAGUUCUAUAUUGUCAUAGACUCCGUUUGUAUUGACGGGCGUGAAUAAUGACGGAACCUUACCAUCCUUGUCGCGGG